AUGUCAACAACAAGUUGUCGCUUUUAUGAAAGCAAAUAUCCAGAUGUUGAUGAUUUAGUAAUGGUUAAUGUAAAACAAAUACAAGAAAUGGGGGCAUAUGUACAAUUAUUGGAAUACAAUAAUAUAGAAGGAAUGAUUUUGCUAUCAGAACUAUCACGCAGACGGAUUAGAUCUAUACAAAAAUUGAUUCGUAUAGGCCGAAACGAAGUCGUAGUGGUUCUUCGAGUAGACAAAGAAAAAGGCUAUAUUGAUUUAUCUAAACGUAGAGUGAGUCCAGAAGAUAUUAUUAAGUGCGAAGAUAGAUUCAAUAAAUCGAAAGCUGUUCAUUCUAUCCUAAGAAAUGUUGCAGAAAAACACAACAUUCCUCUAGAAGAGUUAUACACAUUAAUUGGGUGGCCUUUGUAUCGAAAAUAUGGUCAUGCAUAUGAUGCAUUCAAAUUUGCAAUUAUAAACUCUGAAUCUGUAUUUGAAGGAUUAUAUCAUUCAAAUCCUCAAGUUAUACAAGAUCUUAUUCUUCAAAUUACUCGCAGAUUAACUCCUCAAGCAGUUAAAAUAAGAGCAGAUGUAGAAGUAACAUGUUUUGGAUACGAUGGAAUUAAUGCUGUUAAACAAGCACUUAAGGCAGCAGAAGCAAAAAACUCUAAAGAUGUCCUUAUUAAAGUCAAACUUGUUGCACCUCCUUUAUAUGUCGUUACUACAAAUACAUUGGAUAAAAAAUUGGGCAUUCAGACCUUAGAAGAGGCAUUAGAAGAAAUAGAAAAAAGCAUCGUUUCGUCCGGUGGAGAGUUCACCGUAAAAAUGAGGCCGAAAGCAGUUAGUGAAGUAGAUGAAUUGGAACUGCAAGCGUUAAUGCAACGUAUGGAACGUGAAAAUGAAGAAAAAUCAGGUGAUGAUGAAAGUGAUGAAAGUGAUGAAAGUGAUGAUGAAUAA